GAUGAGACGAUCGAACAUGGGGAAGGGAAAUAUCUCAAGCUUAGACUGAUAGAGAGAGAGAGAGAGAGAGAGAGAGAUCGGAGUAGAGCAGAGAAGCGAGAGAGAGAGAGAGAGAUGGGAGUGGUGAUAAUCGACGGAUCGACGGUGAAGGCGUUCGUGAAAGACGAGGAGCAAUUCAAGAAGAGCGUGGAGGAGAGAUUUGCAGCCCUGGACAUCAACAACGACGGCGUCCUCUCCCGCUCUGAGCUCCGUAAGGCCUUCGAGUCUAUGCGGCUGCUGGAGGCCCACUUCGGCGUCGAUGUGGUCACCCCGCCGGAGCAGCUCACCAAGCUAUACGACUCCAUCUUCGACAAGUUCGACUGCGACAGCAGCGGCAGCGUCGACCUCGACGAGUUCCGCACCCAAAUGAAGGAGAUCAUGCUCGCCAUCGCCGACGGCCUCGGAUCCUGCCCCAUCCAGAUGGUCCUCGAGGACGACGACCCCAGCUUCCUCAAGCAGGCUGCUGAGCUCGAGGACUCUAAGCUCCACAAAGACAAUCCCUCUUCUUCUUAAACAAACAAAUUCAAUGAUGACUCCGGCUCCGCAAUAGAUAAGCUCCGUCCAUCCACUCACUCUGUGUUUCCAUUCCAUGAUUGUGCGGUGUUGAGAUGCCUCUGUUCUGUUCUGUUCUGUUGCUUGUGGUUCAAAAGCUUUGAAGUUUUCUGUUAAUUUUUAAGCUGUGCGAGCUGAGCUCUGUCGAUUUGCCACCCAAUGAAUAAUAAAUAAGACUUGGCUUGUGUGCGCUGGCAAUGGAUUUAUUACA